UUCUCCUCGACCGAUCUCUGUUUGGAAUCGAUGGCAUCCCUGCGACGAACAGCGGCGGGAAAUGCGUCACAACAGCACCAAGAGCCUGUGGAACUGCUAGACGAAGCAGAGCAAGAGUCCAUUCUCGAGACGCUCGCAGAGGCAGGAAAUCGCGUGGAUCGUCUGUCUCGGACUGCGAUCGCUGCGGGCGCAGGAGUGGCGGCUGCACUCUUCAUUGCUCGACUGCUUGUGAUGCCUGGCGCGGCAGAACUGACGACGGAUGCGCUGAUCGUCGAAUUUCUGGCAGCCGUUUCCAAUAGCCUCACAUGUCUACGCUUGAUAUGUGAUCUCAAGGGCGCUGAUCCAAGCAUCCCUUGGUUUCGCUUCAAGUACAUUGCUCCGUUCGGCCAUCUGGUCGGCCUUGCCACACUUUACGUACACAUGUACGGCAGACCCGCUGUAGAGCAAGCGUUGGAUACACGCGACCUACCAGAGCAGAGCAACUCGAUGAUCACGCUGAUGCGACACUUUUGGGUUCCUCUGGUGUCGUUGAUUGUCUCGCUGCUCUGGAUUUUCACCGAAUACGACGUGCGACGGACCACCACGGAUUUGCAAGAGCUGCGCCGCGCGCGCUACAAGUACAAGAAAAUUUAAUCUGGUUGUUGCUUUCUUGUUCUGGUUUGUUUUCUAUCAAUACCGUCACCUUGAAAAUGUGCGCUGUUCCCCUUCACAAAACCCGUUGGCAAGUCAAACAAAAUUUA